CAUGACCACUCAGGAGAAAGGUUUUCACCUCUUCAAGCCAAUAUAAAGACUGGACACUGCACAGGCAUCUGCACUCACUCCAGCUCCUUCUCUUCGGGCAAAAUGAAAAUCCCCGUGGCAUUGCUGGUGGUGCUGUCCGUCUGUGCAAUUCAGUCUCAGGCAGAAGAGGUUUUUAACAUCAUCGCCCCAGGCACCAAUGGCAGCAAUGUCCAGGAGACAGUGAGCAUCGACAACGAGAAGAACACUGCCACCGUCAACAUCCAAGCAGGGUCCUGCUCUUCGACCACCAUCUUUGACUAUAAGCAUGGUUACAUAGCAUCCCGAGUGCUCUCCCGAAGAGCCUGCUACAUCCUCAAGAUGGACCACAAAGCCAUCCCGGCUCUGGACAAACUCCAGCGGUACAUCUAUGAGACGCAGACAAUGAGAGUCAUGGACUCCACAGAGUACACCUGGGUCAAGUACAACCCUUUGAAGUCUCUGCUCAUGAAGGCGGAUUGGUUCCUGUUUGGGUCGCCUAUUGAACAUCUGUGCAGGCACGUCCCCCUGUAUAAGGGGGAGGUGGUUACAAAGUUGCCCGAAGAGGUAGCCACUGGAGCCUGUGCAAAGGUCGGCCUUCUGGGGCUCCUGGGCUUCUCCUUCUGCGCGGGAACUCACGUCUAAGAUGGUCCCUCAGUUGACUUCAUCUUUCCAAAGAAAUACACCUUUGAUUUCCACUCAGAAGCCAAACUAGAUUCUUCCCAGCAUUCCAUCUGCUUAUGAGAUUCAAUAAUGACAUAUAAAUGAUAUAUUUACAGACA